AUGGGGCCCCCGGGCAAUAGGGGAUCAUUGGGUCCCUGUGUCCUUGCCCACACUCAAAAAAGCCUAUAAAAAAGGUACCGGGGACAUUUCAUGGUGCCCCCUACUGACCCCGGGCUCUCGGGCAAAAAAAAUGUCAAAGGCCAAAAACAGCCGCUGUAAAAACAUCUAAUAUGUAUGAGGACCAGGGGCGGACUGACAACUCAUGGGGUCCCCGGGCAAUAGGGGAUCAUGGGGCCCCUGUGUCCUUGCCCAAACUCAAAAAAGCCUAUGAAAAAGGUACCAGGGGCAUCUCAUGGGGCCCCCUACUGACCCUGGGCCCUCGGGCAGCGCCCGAGUUUCCAAAUGGUCAGUCCGCCCCU